UUUUCAUUGGGUCGCGCGGGAACCCGAUAGCGCUGUUACGAUCCUACAACUUGAACCACGUGCUGCUCAACAAGUCCGAGCGGUGUUCAAUACACAUGUUGUGUAAUCGCGUGCUGCGGUUCGCGCGUACAUUGUACCGCGUACAACGAUAUCUCCAAAUCGCAUCAUCGGCAUCACUACUACUAUGACUGGACUGGACGAGUGCCCGACAUCGGGUCAUUACCAUUGGCACGCAAUCGGCGCCGGGAAUCGCACAUCUCCUCAUCUCAUCGACGUACAACCUACCAGGCAGGGCUGCUGGUGAGCCGAACAGGCGUAGGCGGAAAAGUCUAACCAGCCCACAAGUCACUGGAAGUUUGUUUGUAAACCGUGCUUCCUGAUUGUCACCUUCCACACACACACACACACACUCGAGCCGCUGAGCAAAGCAUGUUAAUGUUCGCAGCCAAGUACUGUUGACCGUGCAAGGACCAGUAGCAGUACAACGAAUCACUCUACAGGCCAUGUCUGUUCUUUUCCGGCCUGUGAAAUGGUUCUAUCAUGAAUUUGGGAUCGCCUCUAUCCAAGAGACCGGCCGGAAUGCAUACCUCAUCAUUCUGGCACGGAGUUGCCGCAUGUUUGCGUAUGGCACCAACUCGUUGAUUUUGGCGAUAUUCUUCUCCGCACUCAACUACUCAGAUCAUCAAAUUGGGGCGUUCAUGACCCUGACGCUGCUGGGAGAUGUGUUCCUAGGGACCUUUCUGACGUUGAUCGCGGACAAGGUCGGGCGCCGGAAGGUGUUGAUGGCUGGUUCAUUUCUGAUGGUUUUGAGCGGCGCCAUCUUCGCCUUCUUCGAGAAUUUCUGGAUUCUGCUCCUGGCGGCUGUUCUGGGUGUCAUCAGCGUCACCGGUGGUGAUUUUGGGCCCUUUCGAAGUAUAGAAGAAUCGGUACUAUCACAGCUCACCACGCCUUCGACCCGGUCCGAUGUUCUGGCAUGGUAUGUGACGACGUCGACGCUGGGCUCGAGCAUUGGAAGCGAGGCGUCUGGGCGAAUCGUGCAUUUUCUACAAUCGCGCGAUGGCUGGACCGCCGUCGACGCCUACCAUGCCCUUUUCUGGGUCUACACAGCCAUGGGCCUCGUCAACGCGUUGCUGAUGCUCCUGUUGACCGAGGCCUGUGAACUGCACGGUUCUUCAAGCACAACAGAAACCACAUACUCGCAGGUCCCGCAAGACGAACAGCAGCAGGAUACUGAGCGGGAGCGCGAGCAUCAGCACAGAACUACAAGGCUAGAUGUCGAUGAUGUCGAUGCCCAAGGCGGGCAUCAGCAGCAGAAUUUGAUCAGCAAGAUCAAGUACUGGUUCACCACACGCUUCACCGAGAUCUCGGCCCCGACUCGAUCCAUCAUGUACAAGCUGUGGUUUCUGUUGUCGGUGGAUUCGCUGGCCGACGGGAUGGUCCCAUACUCCCUGACCAACUACUACAUGGACAUCAAGUUCCAUCCGGCCAAGUCGACCCUGGGCGAUGUCCAGUCCGUGAGUUACCUGCUGGGCUCGAUUGCGGCGGUGUUUGCCGGGCCGUUGGCCCGCAAAAUUGGACUUAUCAACACCAUGGUGUUUACGCACGUGCCAUCGUCCGCAGCGGUGCUCAUCUUUCCUUUUCCUCCGCGCUUCUGGCUGACCGCGGCCCUCUUGUUUGUCCGCGCUGGGCUGAACAACAUGGAUCAAGCGCCGCGUGCCGCGUUCAUUGCCGCCGUCGUCAAGUCCGAGGAGCGCACCGCUGUCAUGGGCAUCACGGGCAUGCUGAGGACCUUGUCCUCCAUGGCUGGGCCGUCCGUCACGGGCAUCCUCGCCGCCAACCAUCGGUUCUGGAUCGCCUUUGUCGCCGCCGGCGUCUUCCGUUUGGCGUAUGACUUUGGCUUGUACGCCAUGUUUGUCAAUAUGAAGCUGUAUCAGCAUGAGGAGCCUGACGGUAAGCUGGACCACCAUCAUCAGAGGCACCGUAACCGCGAUGAAGAAGAGGAGCUGGAGCUGCAUAGUCUGGCGGGUUCGGAUAGCAGCAGCAGCAGCUCAACCAUCCUCGGGGAUGAUGACGCCGCUGAACCUAGAGCAACAAGGGAGAGUUUUGCAAACACUUCUCUCGAGGUCAACACUGCCCCUGAACGGCUUCGCAGCCGUAGCCCGCGUCGCUCGACUGCUGCGGAUUGACCUGCAAAAGGUACAAACGAGAUGUUUUCCAGGGCAGCACGGCAUGGCGUUUCCUUUGUGUGGUAAAUAGUGGUUUUGUGUCUAGAUAGCAUGGUAUGGGGGGGCGUCCUCUUCCACAGUGCGAUGGUUUGUUGUCAUUUAUGCGCAAGUGUUACCACCCAAGGCAACGGUGCAGUAUUCGUCAAAAGCAAUGUGAGAAGUAUACAGCCUGCCAGGUCCAGGCCACUUAUAUCGCACAACCCCCCAAAAGAUGGGUUAUAUAUCAAGCACCAGUGUUCCUGAUCAAAACUACCUUAGCUUGAGAAGACUUCCUAGUGCCGGUCGCAUUGCAUUACACCAUUGUACGUACAAUCUAGUGCACAUACUGUAUACAGCCAUAUCGGCCUCGCUUUCGCAGCUCCUCGAACCCCCACAUCAGGUAGGCAGACCAAAGCCAGAUAGAAA